ACCACGAGGCUGCAGAGAGGAAGUGGUCAAAGUCACGUGUUAAGCUCCGGAGUCAGAGGGACGGUCCGUCCCGCUUACCAUUUCUGGCAACUUCGAGCUCGUUCUGGAAGGUGCGAGAAGCAUCACGUGACAUCUAUUUCUAAGCGUCUAGUAGUUGCUGGCAUCUUCCUCGCCGCCGUGUAAUCGAUGGCGCGUCCGUCGCUGCCUGCCUGGCGCAAAGGUAUAAGUACGCUCUUCAACACCGAAAGCAUCCCUCAUCUUCAGACUUUCAAACACACCACAUGCAAGCCGUCCGACAAUCCAACACCCGACUCCCACAAGCCUACCGAGCCGUCAAAGCAACCCACACCCCAUCCACACGCAACAUGGCCUCCCUCUUCUACCCGCGCUUCGUCGCCAACGAAUUCGCCCCCGUCUUCCGCUUCCUCGACGACCUGCAAGCCAUCUCAUCGCCACAGGCUCGAUGCGGCGCCUUCGCGCAGGCCCAGCAGCAGCAGCCUUCCUUCCAGCCUCGCUUUGAUGUGAAGGAGAGCAAGGAUGCGUACGAGCUCAAGGGCGAGCUGCCCGGGAUCGAGCAGCGGAAUAUCGAAGUUGCGUUCACGGACGAGAAGACGCUGAAGAUUACUGGCCAUACGGAAAGCCGGCGGGAACAAGGCACUCCGCCAUCCGCUGCCGCCACUGCGGUUGAGAACCAGACGGAAUCCCAGCAUGGAACCGGCACGCCCGCUGCGGAAAGCGAGACGGGUAGCUACCACAAAGCCUCCGUCGAAGAGGAAGAAGGCUUCGAGACCGUGAGCGAGUCGGACGCCAACCCGGACGCCGCCGCGACGCCAGCAGAGACGCCCGCAACGGAAACCGCCCCGGAGCAGAGUGUCGCCGCCGCUCCUCAGCCUAGCAAAACCGAGAGCUCGAGAUACUGGGUAUCGGAGCGCUCGACGGGCCGCUUCUCGAGGACGUUCACCUUCCCCAAGCGCAUCGACCAGGAAUUGGUGUCUGCUUCCUUGAAGGAUGGUAUUCUUUCUAUCGUUGUUCCCAAGGCCCCGGCGCCGGAGAACAGGAGGAUUACGAUCCAGUAGAGUUAUUGACUCACGCCAUCCAUCACAGGAACAGCAUAGCGCAGCGGUGGAGUUGGGUUUGACGAAUCUAUGAGUCCAUUUCCCUAAUCAUGUAUAUUAGCUUAUUCACAUGACGAACAAUACAAACACUCCUUUGAGAAACCA